GGUCACUGCUGGGAACACUUUGUGGGUCACAAGAGUCUGCUGCUUAUGUGCACAUAUCUAGGUCUAUAUCUUACUGUCUCUCUAAAUAUAUAUAUAUAUAUGUGUUGGAUUUGGACCACUCGAGUCUCAAGCAUAGGCUUAAUCCUCCAAAAUAUUUAAUGCUCUGACCCUGAUCCAGCAAAUCCCAUGGGCAAAUGUAAUGAGGCUGUUGGAGGAGUCGGAGGCUGUGGCAUGUGGUGACAGGAUGGUUUCUAAGCAUGUCUGGCACUGAAAGGUGAACACAUUUCCUGCUCCUGCAAGAAUUUGCCUGCAGGGCUGCUGGGGAUGAGGUUGGUGUGAUCAGAGGUGCAGCCAGAAUAAGCUCGAUAAGUAGCACUCUCGAACACCUCUUUAUCCUGUAAGUUAUCCUCUGCACAGGAUUAGGGAUGUAGGAGAAGCAUUAAGGCUCUAAUAGCAAACAAACUGCUUUCUUUGGCUAAUGGUGCAUCUCUUGGAUCUCCAUGAUGUGGACAGUCUUCAGCCUGGUUCUUGUCAGCUCCCUUUUUGUCCUCAAAAGUGAAGCACUGCAGUGUUACACCUGUGUAGGUUCUAGUGAUGAUGACUGCAACAGACAAGGAAGUCAGCAGUGUCCAGGCCAUGCAGAUGCGUGUGCAGUCAUCAGGGGACAAGCAAGUGGCAUCAUGAAGUCCUGCUCGUUCAGGUCCUUCUGCGAGCGGGCACGGAGGGACGGAGCGAGGGCGCCCGGGGUGAGCGUCCACUGCUGCUACUCCAACAACUGCAACGCCAAGAGCCUGGCUCCCAGAGUCACCAGCUCCAGCAGCUACGUCCUCCUCCUCAUCCUCACACUGCUCUGGCACCCCUUGUUGAAGCUGACAUGAGGGGGAAAAAGGAAAAAAGGAGUAUCCUGAAGCAACAACUCUGCCUUCUUAGCAAGGGGUGAUAAUAUUUCCUACUCACGCUCUGUGUACCAUAUAUCUCACUAGGCAAAAAGCUGUAGGAAGACCUGACAGAUGUUUAGAUAAAAGUUGUUUCAUCUGCUAAAUAGGUCUUGAUCUCUGUGUAAGAAAUGCUGCCCUGUUGUUUAUCCUGAGGGGUUGAUUGUGCGAAUACGUAACAUUUUCCUGCAAUUUAGAUAAGGAGAAAUCUUUGCUGAAGGUAGCCUGGUAGUAAGGUAGAAGGUGAAUUUCUGCCAGAUGCUGUUUACUGUUGGCAGACAUUCAAAAGCAAGCUAAAAUUUUCAAGCACAAAGUGACUGAAAAUUGUAGCAAGCAUGUUAAUCUUUCAGAGAGCAUUGGCGUACUGGACAAAACCAGGAGCUGGAAAUGCAGAUGAUUUAGUGUUAAUACAAACUGCUAAGAGAAGGUCAUGAAGAGAAUAAUGCAUGGAGGUGUAUUGUAUUAUAUAUGAUAUGUUCCUGGCAGGGGGCUGCAACUGGAUGAUUCCAAACCCUUCCAGUCCAAACCAUUUGAUGGUUCUAUGCUUGUAUGUAUUUCCUUGGAAAAAAAACACCUUCCAGUCUUCUCUUCUGAUCCUUUGGGAAUCUUAGCACAGCAUCAGAAGAAGAAGAAAAAAGAAGAGUUUGGAAGUUGUUUUUGAUCUGGUAGUCCAUCCAAAGAUUGGCUCAAUCUCCCCUGCUGGUUUUAAAAACAAGUGAUUAGUCCCUGUCUCGUAGGCGAAUUAAAACUUGAGUUUAUAAUUUUUCUUGAGGUUUUAGUUAUGUAGAUAAUUCUCCACUGUCCUAAACUGCAGUCUUUGAGAGUAAGAGUGUAUAUAUCUGUACAUGUGUCCCUCUUCAGUGAUGUGAUUGAGUUGAGGUGGUUUAUGUAUCCUUUUCAUUUUGCAAAGUGAAUGAAAUUACUUGGAGGUCUUUAGAGGCAUAAGGGACUAAAUCAAUAUUUUUAAUAAACCCAUUCAUGGCAGUUUUACCAAGUAAAUGAUCUAGAGAGGGUCACAUAGUAGAAGGCAUUGUGCAUCACUACCUCCUUUGAUCCAAAACUCAGAGCACCAGGCAAGCAGACGAGUUAUAUUUGUAGAUUUUAAUGUCUAGCUGUGAUGAUCUGGUCCAAUCCCUGGCACACAACGUGCACAGGAUUGGCUUGAAGUCCAGCCGGUGUAACUGAAGUACAGGUGGUCUUUCCAAUUCUAGUUUGACUAGGUCCACUUCCCUUUCCACUUCUAGUUUUAGUUGUCUAGAAGGAAAAAGGUUAGGUCAUAAAAUUUAUGGAACUCACAAAAUAUGUGGCAAAGUAGUUUUACCCCUAGUGUUGUGUUGUGACUUUUUUCAGUAUAAUUCUUUGAAAAAUCAGUUCCAGGCAGUGUGUAGUAGAAUUCUUCACAUUGACCAAAAUUUUAUUAAGGUUGCAAACUUUAGAGAGCUGCUUCAGCAUCAAUGAACCCUCCCCAUAGAGUGUAACCCUUGCCUGCCCUGUAGCUGUUGCCUGUCACAGGGGCCAAGCUGUCCUUGUUUUUCUGUGCUCUUUUCCCAGUGUGGAUCCUUCCAUCAUCUCAUAUGGAUUGUGGCUUGAGACUGGCUGGAUUCUCCUGGGGUGUUGUUCAGGUGGGCUCAGACAAGGCAGUUUGGUCCAUUUUUAGUCUCUAGGCUCCAGUCUGAUAAAGCUGUUGAAUAUAAAGAUUGCAACAAUGCAGCAGAUCUUGGCAGAGAAUGUUAAUUUGGACUCCAGCGUCUCAUCUGUGUAAAAAUCACUUAAAUUGGUGUAAGUAUUUUUCAUUUCAUUCUCAGCUUGAAGCAGUUCCUUCAAUCUCUUCUGCUGCAGGAAGCAGGUAUUGAUUAUAUCUUUAUCUUCAUAUGGUUCUGUAAAGAUAAAUCUGUAUUGAAUGUAAUCUCUGUAUAUGCUCAGUGCAUUUCCUUAAUGAGAAAAUAAAUUACAUGCAAUGGCUCACAUUGUCUCUUGGUAAACACAACUGCUUCUUUUAAUUGGGAUUUCCAGCUGCAUCUGGCACUCUUGUUUUCCUGCAGGAAUCCUGUUGGGCUUUGUUGUUUUGCUGGGUUUUUUUUUUAAUGUGGGAUAUAUUUCUUAAAUCUGUUGGAUAAAACAGUGGAUGUUGGUAGUGUUCUUGCUGCUAUAUUUCCGUGGUAAAAUAAGAAGGUAAAUCUCUAUCCUCUUGACAAACACCAUCUGUCGUUCCUGACGGCAGCCAGGAUCUUCAGGCAGCUCCCACGCCUCCAUCCCAUCCUGCCUCCCAGCUCAUCACGGGCCCUGCUCUGCUUUUUACAACAAAAAAAGGAGAUUUUUCCUGCCCAGUUCUGACCCUGAAGUGUGCCUGCAUGUGGAUAUCUAGGAAGGAUUAACCACUUUUGUGGAUUGGUGUUUCCAGAGCGGUUUCAUGACGGUUCUUGGCAU